AUGGUGAAGCUAAACACAAGCUUUGGUCCCACGAUUAAGACCUUGGGAACCAAUCCCUUGAACAGGGCUCCAACACCCUCGUUUCUCAGCAGCUGCUUCAAAAUCUCGCCUCCGCUCACGCCGCUCCCAAAGUCCCUCGUCUGCAGGCGCGUCUUAAUAACAUCCAGCGGGCUCGCGACGGUAAUGCUAGCCAAGCCGCCUACAGUCGACGCGACAAACGUCUGGCCAAACGUGGCGUCGUUGAAGUUGUCCAAGCCAAAGACUCUGCCCUUCACAAACGCCGACGCGCCGAAGAGCGCAAAGCUGCCCGGGGCGUUGCGCGCGGCCGUCCAGCCGGCGCCGCGGUACAGGCCCGCCAGGCGCUCCUCCCUCAAAAUGGCGAGCAGGCCGCGGCCGCGCAGCGCGGCGGGGUUGUUCUGGCUCUUAAUCUUGAGGACGUCGAGCGGGAGCAGGACGACCUCGCCCACGCCGACGACGGCGCCUGCGAGCGCGUGGAGCCACAUCUUGCCCUUUCCCUCGCCCGCCCACGCGUCGACGCGGUGGCCGAAGCGGGCCGUCAUGCCCUCCCGCACGAACGGCUGGCCGCCAAACUUGUACACGCGCUGCAGGAUCUUGUACGCGGCGGCGAACGAGAGGCCCGGGAAGAGCGAGGUGUACUUGCGCAGCGGCGAGGCGUGCGCGUGGGCGUCGCGGAAGAUCACGCGCGAGAAGCCGUCCAGCGCCAUCGCUGAGGUCAUCCCCGGCUGCCGUAUCGGUGUGGCGUUGUUCAUCAGGCGCUUCGCGAUCGUGUCCACGGGGUGGAAGCCGAACAGCUCGACUACCCCCGCGAACGCGCUCCCGGACACGCGCGCCAAGCGUACCGCGGACGCGUCCGUCCGCGAGGAAGGGGACGGCGGCGGCGGCGGCGGCGGCGGCGACAUGGCUGGGGGGGGGGGGGUGCACGGAGGGGGUAGCAGCGGGACGACGGGCGGGGGCGGUGGCUGGGGGCUCUGCUACUGCUAUUGA